UCCGGGUUUUUCCCGCGGGUCUCGUGAGUCUGAUCGGAAACGAGCGGCGAGAGUUGACGCGCGAGACACGGAAGAUAAACAGCACUAAAAUGAACUAAAUUAGAAAUCUGAGCACUACACGAAUAAAAGGACACAAAGACAUUAAAGAAUGAAAUAGUCAUUCUGUGGAGAUCUAAAAUGACUCUUCAGACUGAAGCGCGAUCGUCUGUUUGAUUGACAGGCGUGUUUCAGGCAUGUGGUGGUUUCAGGAGGGCUUGUGCGUCUUGCCCGCGGCACUGGUCACCUGGACCGCCGCUACCUUCAUCUUCGCUUACAUCACGGCCGUCAUCCUGAGACACGUGGACCCGCUGGUGCCCUACAUCAGUGACACGGGGACGGUUGCGCCGGAGCGAUGCGUGUUUGGACUCAUGCUGAACGUGUCUGCGUUUCUAGGUGUCGCUACUAUGUACGUGCGCUAUAAGCAGAUUCAAGCCCUCAUGGACGUGAACGACACUCGUCUGAACCUCCUCAAUCAGAUUGGCUUCGUUCUGGGCUGCGGAAGUUCGCUCGGCAUGUGCGUCGUCGCAAACUUCCAGAAAACCACUCUGUUCGCGAUGCAUCUGGUGGGCGCCAUGCUGACGUUCGGCGUGGGCGCUCUGUACAUCCUGGUCCAGACACUGCUGUCGUACCGCAUGCAGCCGCACAUCCACAGCAAAACCAUCUUCUGGACGCGGCUGAGCGUCUGCAUCUGGACCUUCUCCAGCAUCAUCAGCAUGUUCGUGUCAUCGGUCAUCAUGUACUGGACUCUGUCAGGAACCGAGGUCAACCAGAAGCUGCACUGGACCCCUGGAGAACUGGGUUUCACGCCGCACAUCGUCAGCACCAUCUCCGAAUGGUCUCUCGCGCUGUCCUUCAUCAGCUUCUUCCUCACCUACAUACGAGACUUCAAGGUAAAGCCAUCUCGAGCGGAGGCGCAGCUCCAGAGCGAACACCUGUACGAUUCGCACCACUCUCGGCGCUCGGAGACGUCUCCGCUGCUCGCCGGCAGCAUCUGACGAGGAGAAGACGCUCCAGACGAGGUGCAGAGACUGCCAGGCUCCAGCAGAGGACGCUCCAAGCUCUGGAAACUUCAUACUAACAUUUAGACAACGUUUGUACAACAUUUACACAACCUU